GAGUGUGCGUGCCACCUGCGAGACCCUCAGCGAAGUCAUCAAAAUUGCCGAUUAACGCCCUCUGUUUUCCCUUUAAGUAAUCCGCGAGCAAAAGAAACAAAGAAAGAUUAUUUCAUUCCAAGUCAGCAAAAUCACCGAGUCAUUAUUUGCCGGGAGCGCGUGGUGCGUUUAUCGAUUGAUCGCGUAGUAAGAUGUCGGAUUCAAAGUUUCGAAAUCAAUGUGAUCAACUUAUUCAGCUACUAUCACUUGAUAAACAGCACUUCUUCAGUUUGCCGGAUAAUGCGUCGCGCAUCAAGUACGUGUUCUCAUUGUGUGAGUCAGUUCCUGAUUUGUUUCCUCCGCCGGCCAUUUCAAAACAUCAUGGCCAGGCAACCGUUUCGAAAGAGCAUGGAAACACGUGUUUUGAUGAAGAAAACUACUCUGGCGCAAUCCAGGAAUACAACGUUGCAAUAUCAAUGUGUCCCCAGGAUACUUUGGAGGGGAAAAAACUAUAUGCCAUUGUAAUCUCCAAUCGUUGUGCGGCGUUUGUGAAUACUGGACAUUUCGCAAAGGCCCUAAAAGAUAUCGCCUUCCUUAAACAAUAUGGCCACCAUCCGAACCUGGAGAAAAUCGAACGUCUAGAAGCCGAUGCGCUGCUGGCUUUAAGCGAAUCCGAACCAAUUGUUGAACGUGAUCACUCGGAAGAGUUAAACUGGAAUUCAGGAAAUUUAAUGUAUCCAGCAUUAUCAAGCAAGUUAACAGUCAAAAGCGACAAAGAUUUGGGGCGACACGUUGUAGCAACCGAAGAUAUAAAUCCUGGAGAGCUUUUAGCCGUGGAGAGGCCCUACGCUACCAUAAUGACAACCUAUACAAAUUGCACAUUCUGUUCAGUGUCUACCAAUCAGGUUUACGCUUGCCCAAAGUGCUCGGAACUUUACUGCAGUAUGGAAUGCUUGGAGAAGGCGGAGACUUAUCACAAACAUGAGUGUAUGUUCUGGUUACCCAUGUAUGAUAUACGCACUUCUAAACAGGUGUACAUUCGACUGGCAUUUCGAAUGAUUGUUCAACGACCUCUUCAGCAAGUUUUGCUCGAAGAGACUUACUCAAAGAAGAAACGAAACUUGAGUGUUUAUAAAUCUGAUGAUCAUUACAACAUUACUCGAUUGGAACGCCAUGAAAAAUCGAGGAAUCGAAUGUUAUUCAUGACAAUUUACGCAACUUUUAUGCUGAAAAGAUUGCGCAUUACAAAGUAUUUUGAUCCGGAAGCAUCUGGCGAAUUAUCUCGAGAGGAAAUAAUCGUUGGAGAAUUACUUUAUAAAUAUCUACAAGUGCUUCAAUUUAAUUUGAAUUCUAUAGAUGAAAUCAGACCGAUUAAUGCAUCGCUUAACAUAUACAAAUCUGUAGGAAUCGGUGUUGGUCUUUAUCUAACAAUGUCAUUGUUUAAUCAUUCUUGCGAUCCAUCUGCAAUGGUGUACAAUAUUAAGGACGUAUCGGUUCUACGUUGCUUAAAACCUCUUAAGGCGGGAGACCCUGUCACUGUAAGCUACGGAUGGUGGUACGUUACUCAGAGGAAAGAAGAACGCAUUGAAGCUAUGAACGAAAGUUAUUUCUUCAAAUGCAAAUGUCAAGCUUGCGUUGAAGAUUGGCCAGUUUACGUCGACAUGAACCCAAACGAUUACCUAGUCUUGUGUGAUUGUGGUGGGAUUCUGGUUGCACAUAAUAAAAUUUCUAGGCCGUCCGCCAUUUGCCCUAAGUGUCACAAACGUAAAAAUUUUCGCGCGGUGCGCAAAAUUAUGAUGAAAUUGGAGGCGACGGAAGCGCAAGCAAAUAAACAUUUUCUCAAGGGUGAUUUUGAUAAUUGUCGUAAGUUGUAUGAGGAGAAUCUUGUGACAUUGUACGAACUCUUCGCGCACCCGUGCGAACCUAUAAUUAGGAGUACUGAGAUGAUCAUAAAAUGUCUCGAUCAGCGUGGCAACAGACACUUUCAAUACCGUUUAUUCUGCAUCACAAAAGAGCACAAUUUCAUUUACGAAAUGAGUGAUCCGGCGCCAUGCAUCGUUAAACGCUAUUAUAAUGCAGUCCUUGAUAAACUUCGAGAAGAUGUCGUGAAAUUUUGUUCCAAGUUUGCGGACACGCCGGUGAGAAUCAGACACGUGUUUGCAUUUUGUGAAGAGGUUAAAAUAGAUUUGUUUACAACGGAAUUUAAAUCUAUGGAACGCGCGGAAGCCCUCAAAGUGCGGGGUAACGAUUUAUUCUUAAAGCAACACAGUAAUGCACAAGCUGUGACUGUGUACAACGAGGCACUUAAGGUAUGCCCACAGGACAAACCGGAAGGUAAACAACUUUACGCAGUUCUUGUCGCAAAUCGUUGUGCGGUCUUCCUUGAUGACUGCGAGUACAAAAAAGUCUUACAAGAUGUCGCCUUCAUUAAACAAUAUGGCCACCAUCCUAAUCCAGAAAAAAUCAGUACACGUGGCAGAAAAGCCCUGCAAGCCCUACGUAGAUCCGUUGGUUCAAAAUUAAUCCGUUUAAAUGAAGACGGUACCGUUAAAUCGCCCACGCGCGAGGAAUCCUCCUGGUCUUCAGGGAACCCACAGUAUCCUGCGUUGUCAAGUAAACUUACUGUGAAAAAGGAUGAUGUUAUGGGCCGACACGUGGUAGCUACCGAAGACAUCAAGACGGGAGAAAUUGUCGCCAUGGAGCAGCCGUACGUGUCUGUGGUGACACGCAAAGAUAAUUGCGAGAACUGCGCUAUAUCUACUGAUCAGAUUCACGUUUGCGCCAAGUGUCAUGCAGUGUACUGCAGCAUUCCUUGUUUAGAGAACGCAAGAGUCCACCAUCAAUACGAAUGCGGUAUUACACCUUUAUUUGAUUCCGAAACUCCCGAGUGUGUACCGCUGAUGGCGCUGCGGAUGAUCACUCAACGUCCCCGGGCGCAAGUUUUGAAAGAUAAAGCGUAUGCCAGCGUGGACCGCGAGGUGGAUGUUUACAAAACCGAAGAUUAUUACAAUGUCAGUCGUCUGGAGCGUCAUGAAAACUUGCAAGGAGUUGCAGUGCUUUUGGAAAUGACAUUUUACGCAGUGUUCUUGCUGAAGAUAUUGAGAAUCAAAGAGUACUUCGGUUACAAACCAGCGGAUAGUCAUUUAACCAAGAAGGAGGUGGCUGUGGGUGAAUUAAUGUACAAAUAUAUGCACAUGUUCCGUUACAAUCUACAUAUCAUGUUUGAAUUACCGCAUAUCAAAAUGGCGCAUGGAAUUGGAACCGCUUUGUACCCAACGUUGACAUUGUUCAAUCAUUCUUGUGACCCAUCUGUUACAAGGUAUUACAUUAAGGACACUCUGGUUCUACGCAGUAUUAAACCGAUUAAGGCAGGGGACAUUGUUUAUGACACUUAUGGAUGCGUCUUGUAUUGGGACAAUACGAGGCAAGAACGAAUCGAUGCGCUGUUAUCUACCUGUCAUUUUACAUGCAAGUGUCAAGCAUGCGAAGAAAAUUGGCCACUUGCCAGUCAAAUGAGUCAAGAGGUAGUCCCGCUGUUGUGUGAGUGUGGUGGAGUUAUUCAUUGCUCACCCGAGAAGGAGAACUCCUGGCUAUGUCCUAAGUGCAAAAACACAGAUGUUUCUUUGUCAAUACUUACUAAAUUAAUGAACUUAGCGCCGAACUUAUUAAAAGCCAAUGAUGUUUUUGGGGCCGGUCAUUUCGAAGACGCCAUGAAGAUGUGCGGUAAUAUUCUUGACAAACAGUACAAGUAUUUGGUACCACCAUACUUUGAUAUUGUGAAGGUUCAAAAACGGCUUGAGGAUUGCAUUCAUCAUUUAGGAAACAAAAGAUUUGAUUAUAAAUUUGUGUAUGAAUGGGAUUAUACUCCAGAUCCAUCUAAACUUUCCUAAUCCACAGAAAUUUAUGCGCAUUUGUGGAUUUAUGAUGGUAUGGAGAGUUUGUUCGUUUGUCUAUGGCGGUUUUAAUCAUGUUUUUUAUAACUUUUCAAUAUAAUCAAAAUGUAUAAUAAAGCCUAUAAUUUGCUGACUGAUAA